GACUUGGUGGCAGUGGCGGGGCCCUUGGGAGUGACGCACUUUCUGGUCUUCACCAAAUCCCCCACCAGCGUCAACUUUAAACUCUUCCGUCUCCCAGGAGGGCCAACGCUGACCUUCCAGGUCAUGCAGUACUCGCUCAUCAGGGACGUGGUGUCCUCGCUGAAGCGCCACCGCAUGCACGAGCAGCAGUUCACGCACCACCCGCUGCUGGUGCUCAACAACUUCGGCCUGCCGCAGAUGCACGUCAAGCUCAUGGCCACCAUGUUCCAGAACAUGUUCCCCUCCAUCAACGUGCACAAGGUCAACCUGAACACCAUCAAGCGGUGCUUGCUGAUCACCUAUGCCCCGGACAGCCAGCGCCUGGACUUCCGCCACUAGUAAGGGGCUGGGGGUGGGGGGCUCUGCCGGGCUGGAUGCUCUGAUGAGAGGUCAACCUGCUGAUGGCUUGGUGAUUUCCUCCUACAGUAAACGCUCUGACGCAUCCGGGGGGGGCGGGGGCUCAGCAGACAGACACACGAGCAGCUCCUCCUCCUUCCCAGGUGUGGGCUGAUCCCCGGGCUGGAGACGGCGUCUCGGGGCAGGCCCUGUGAUG